AUGAUAAAUAUUGAGAAUGACAAUUUUGAAUCAGUUAAUACCAAUGCCAAAAGGGCUAAAAUAACUGAUUGCAUGGAAAAUGAAACAGAACAACUAGGACCAGGGACUUCAGGUUUCAACAAAAAGCCAUGCUUAAAAAACGACCUGGCUAUGAUGUUAGAUUCGUCGAGUGAAGACGAAAGUCAAGAUGAGCCAGAAAGUAGUAGCGUUGAAGCUGUAUUAAAAAAAGAGUUACUUGCUUACCGUACUAAAAAAAGAAUAAAUGUGAGUGAAAAUCCUUUAAACUGGUGGAGUGUACAUCGAGGGGAAUUCAAGAUGCCUCGUAAUUAUAAAAGAAAAACCGAAACUAAAUACAGCUUAGAGGAUCUCAAAAGGGCUAUAGUCGAUGUUCAAACUAAGAAACUCAGCAUUGGCAGAGCAGCAAAUACUUAUAGUAUUCCAAAAACUACAAUUUAUGAUUAUUUAAAGAAGUCACCUAUAAAAUUACCAAGGACUGGACGAAGACUGCUCUUCACAGACCAGCAAGAAAAGGAAUUGGUCGACUAUAUCAUAAAGUGCAGUACUUUAUUAUGGUCUAACCAUAAAAAAAAAUUCGUCAGAUUGCGUAUCAAUAUGCAGAGAAGAACCGUCUGCCUCACAAAUUCGACCGUGUGA